AUGUACGGCCCGUUUGCAUCAAAAAUAUUAGACUCUUCAUUUAAGGCUCUAAUUGCAUUCAGCCGAAACCAAACAUCACUACCCUCAAGUCGAUAUUGGAUAAGACGAACCAUGUCAAGUACUAGUACCAACCAAGAAUCUCUUCCUCCAAUUUACAAAUGGGCAUCAACGGAUGGCGAAUUCAGAAGAGCACCGACUAGCUUCCGUAAUGUUAUUGAAAAGGAUGCCAAUUCAGGAGCACAAUUUGUUGCAGAGAAGGAUAGAUAUCAUCUGUAUAUCAGCUGGGCUUGCCCAUGGGCUCAUAGAACAGUACUUGUCCGCGCCCUCAAGGGUUUGGAUGACGUAAUUGGUCUCAGUGUAGUAGAUCAUCACCUGGGACCUAAAGGUUGGAAGUUUUCCACACCCGAGGAAUGUCCGGGUGCUAUCCCGGACACCGCUAACAACAAGGCGUAUCUUUCAGAGCUUUAUUAUAUGGCUUGGCCUGAAUAUAAAGGACGGUUCACGGUACCUGUAUUAUGGGAUAAGAAACUUGGAACUAUUGUGAAUAACGAAUCAUCAGAGAUUAUUCGCAUAUUCAACACGACAUUCGACGACUUUGUACCCGAACACGCGAAAGGCUUGACUUUCUACCCAGAAAACCUAAAAUCUGAAAUUGAUAGUAUCAAUGAGUGGGUUUACGAUUCAGUGAAUAAUGGCGUAUACAAAUCUGGAUUUGCUACUACUCAAGAAGCGUACGAGAAGAACGUAGCGCCGUUGUUUGAAUCUUUAGAUAGGUUGGAGAAGAUAUUUUCAGAGCAUGAGUUCCUAGUUGGGAAUACUUUCACCGAAGCAGAUAUUAGACUCUGGACUACUAUCAUCAGAUUCGACCCUGUAUAUCAUGGACACUUCAAGUGUAAUGCGAAAUCAAUUGAAAAGGACUAUCCUCAUAUUCUCAGAUGGGCCAGGCGUAUCUAUCAAAUGCCAAAGGUUGCGCAGACUGUAAACAUGCACCAUAUUAAGCAUCAUUACUAUGGGAGCCAAAAAAACAUUAAUCCCACGGGCAUCGUUCCUGUCGGUAACGGACCAGAUCUCUCCAAACCAAUCAUUCUUUAA